AUGGCAUUGUACAAACAGUUAGUUGCUCAAGCAAAGGCAUGUAUCAAUCCAGGCUUCCGCUUUUACCAACAGAAAUUCCAUGUGCAAUUCCAUAAUAUUGUCCGUGCAUUUAAGGCUGCACGCUUAUGCUGCCCAAUACAGGUGCAAGCACUACAUUCAACUGCUGCAUCAGUCCAGGAACUAAAGCAAUUUAGUUUCAUUACUGCAGAAGUUGUACAGCUUGUGGAAGAGCUGCCAAACUAUCUGGAUCUAGCCACUGCUGAUGGUGCAGCCAUUGAAACAGAGGAAGGCAAAGUACAGUGGGGGGCUACACAUGCCGCUGCUCUCCCAAAUUGA